AUGGACUUCUCCGCGGACGACGACGAGGCUCUGCGCCAAUUCAUGCCCUCGGAAUUCGGCAAGAAAGAUGGCUCCGUAAACGUCGAGGCGCAAAUCGAGCGCGCGCGCAGACCGGUCGUGGACGAGAAUAAACGAGCAAAGAAGGAACCCGACUCGGACGACGAUAGCGAUGACGACGACAGCGAUGAAGAGGACGAGUUCCCAGUCACACACGAAUUGGCUAUCAAGACGCAUGAGCGCGCAAUUACCACGAUUGCGCUCGACGGCUCGGGCACGCGCCUGAUCACGGGGAGCAACGACUGCAUGCUCAAGCUACAUGACCUGAGUGCGCUUACACCGAGUACCAUUCGUGCGUUCAAAACGGUUGAUCCAUUUGUCACCAAGCCGUCGCAAAACGCCGAGUCGCAUUCGAUACACCAGGUGCUGUUUGGUCCGCACUCAGGGGGGCAGUUUCUGUGCAUCACGGCGACGCCUCAAGCGAGGCUGUUUAACAGGGAUGGCGAACAGAUCGCCGAGUUUGUGAAGGGUGACAUGUAUCUGAGAGACAAGCAUAAUACCAAGGGACAUACAGCAGACCUCACCAGCUGCGCAUGGCAUCCAACGAUCCGCGACCGCUUUGUGACGGCGGGAACGGAUAGUACGGUGAGGAUAUGGGAUGUGAAUAAGAGGAUGAAGCAAGAGGAGGUUAUUGUGCACAAGUCGAGAGCGGCUGGAAGUGCGGGCAUGACGAGGAUGACUACCAUUGCUUGGGGUGCGGCGGCUGAGGGAAAUAGCAGUAUGAUUGUUUCUGCGGCGCUGGAUGGCAGUCUUGUCAUGUGGGGAGGUGAAGGGCCAUUCCAUCGACCUACGGGGGAGAUUCGAGACGCACACGUGAAGGACACUUGGACGAGUGGGAUUGAUAUCAGUGCUGAUGGCAGGCUGGUCAUUACAAGAGGUGGAGACGACACGAUUAAGCUGUGGGAUACGAGGAAGUUCAAGACGCCGCUCAACACGACCUCGCAUACAUCGACAUCGUCGCAGUACCCUACGUCAAACAUCAAGUUUGCGCCGAACUCCCAGAGUAUAAUAACCGGGUCGGAAACUGGACAUCUACACAUCCUCAACCCAGCAACUCUCCGCCCAGAGCUCGUCACCCCAGUAACACCGGGAUCGCCUCUCAUCGCCGUGAACUGGCAUCCCAGGCUCAACCAAAUCUUCACUGGAUCAGCGAACGGUCAGACGACAAUCCUCUUCAACCCCGCCCUAUCCACUGGUGGCGCCCUAUCCAUCCUCAGCAAAGCUCCCAAGAAACGUCAUCUUGAUGACGACCCCAACCUCACAGUCGACAUGGAUCCCCUGGGCAUGUCUGGCGACGGCCAAAGCACAGGUGGCGGUCCAACGCCUGGUUCCUUCGCAGCACGACAUCCCACCGUCGGCUUGACAGCAUCAGGGCGAAGCAGGGAUCCCAGACGACCACAUAUACCUGCCGUGACGCCGUUUGCCAAGUCCACGCCGGACCAGAAGUACGUGAUGGAGCAGAUUGAUGGAAGUGACAUGCGAGAUGAGGACCCGAGAGAGGCGCUGCUUAAAUAUGCACCCAAAGCCGGCGAGAAGAAUGUGUUUACAGGCGCGUGGGAUAAAACGCAGCCCAAGGGGAUAUACAAGGAUUACGACAGUGAUGAAGACGAGAGGGACAGCAAGAGAGCGAAGAGAUGA